UCUGCAGUCUCUGGUCAUCUCCUGUACGGUGUCCGCACUCUCUGGUCAUCCCCUGUACUGUGUCCGCAGGCUCUGGUCAUCCCCUGUACUGUGUCCGCAGUCUCUGGGCAUCCCCUGUACUACGUCCGCAGUCUCUGGUCAUCUCCUGUACUGUGUCCGCAGGCUCUUGUCAUCUCCUGUGUACUGUGUCCACAGUCUCUGGUCAUCUCCUGUACCAUGUGCGUCUUAUGGUCAGGUGCGUCUUAUGGAGCGAAAAAUACAAUACCUUCAGGGUCCUGUCUUGAACUGAACAGUAUAAAUUAGUACAUCCCAACAGAUUUCUUUCCUUUCAGAAU